CAUCAUCAAACAUGAAUUCUGCUUUGGUUAUUGCAUCCGUUCUUUUAGCCAGCGUGGCUCUCGAAGUCACCGCCCGCAUCGUCAAUGACAACCAAAACCAGUAUGAAAACAAUAACCAGUGGACCCGUUUACAACGAGAGGACGCCAGUGACGAAUCUGCUGAGUCGAGCUUAAACGAAUAUCAAAACAACAACAAUUUCAACAACGUCCGAAGCAACUAUGAGUCGGAAUCUACGUUUGUUGACCGUUCACGUCAAAUCAACCAAAACGACGAAACUUAUUUURGUUCCAGCCAAGAGGUAGGUCAACAAAAACAACGCAAAAGCCAAAACCAAUUGAAUUCCGUCAGCCGUCCAGAAGGACUAGCCAAGAUAAUGGUCGAGAAAAUCGCCACCAUUCAGAAAAUCGCCGUCGAUCACAGYAUCGCCGACGCUGCUAAUUUUUUGGACGCAGYGCUCACCGUCAACUCUAACUCCGUUAAAUUUCCCAAACACAAUUUCGUGUCGUUCUACAACUCAACAAUGAAGAACCUUGAAAAUGGUAUGUUAGAGUACCUGUACCUGAACCCCAAAAUGGACACCGUGUUUGCCCAGUACCAGUUCAACGAGAUCAAAACCGUCGGAUCGUUCAAGUCAAACAUCGCCCACGCUCAUUCAGGUUACUACACAGUCAUCUUAAACAACGUGUUCAGCAACUUGUCGACUGGAUUCUAUGACAACAAACACGCCGUGAUCAAGGCAGCCAAAUUCCAAAACGCUGACGUCAACAUAAUCACYAACGACGGUUCCGAAACGCAAGUGUUCAACCCGGCUAUGGAACAAAAAUAUUUGGGUGUGUUGGCCAACACCUUGUCCAACGAAGUAAUGAAAUCUGCCAACAAGGGUGUGCUUAUCCAGAUUAAAAACGAAAUCCGCAAACCAAUCGUUUUCCAAAUGAACACUGCUAGAAAGAACAUAAACAAGCUGUUCGACUUAAGAUGGCAGGAGGAUCAAGUCACUAUGGAAAUGACCAACAUCGGUUUCAUGAAUUCAGAAGAACUGGAACAAGCCACAGAACAUUUAUUGAACUCUGUGACUUUCCAAAGGAAAUCCCAAGACUCCUACAGGAUGCGUUAUGACUUCGCCAUCAAAAACAUGGAAUGGACAUCCGCUUUGAAUAUCGUGUCAGCUGGUGUGAGGACAACCACAGAUCCAAUACAAUUCACCAUCGACCARAUCAACAUCAAUUUCUACGUCGAAAAGUCCGUCCACGAUAAACAACAGUUGUAUGGCAAGACUUACACCGCCGUAGAAAUACGAGGUCUCCAUUACAACUUGAAGCACGUCAAGUCCGACCUUGUGCCCUACUUCGAAAACGACCUCCAACGUUUCAUGGAACUUUCUUUGGAAUCUUACCUUCAAGAUUCUUUGGUACAAGAAUUAACCAGCUCUAGUCGCCAAUACUAA